GGUCUCGGGACCACAACCGACAAAGCGAGCGUUCAUUCACUCAGAAUACGCCUCCUUCCACUUUCAAAUUUUCUUGUCGCGUGUAUACCAGCCACACUAUCUUGCCCCUAUCAAAUACAUUUCCCACAAAAGUCAUCGUUUUACGAGCGGUCGCUGCAAAAUUAGUAUAAUGAAAGUUUCAUGUUCCCUGGAGAAUAGGAACCCCUUGAAAAGGUAUCCCUGACCCCUUACCACUCAUUUAAUUAGGAUUAGGAAAGACUUAGAAGACUUACCAUCAACUUCGUAGCAUGUCCGAGGACCAGAGGAAAAGCGAAAGAAAUGACUGCUCCGGUAACCCUCUGAUAAUGUUAUCGUAUGUUGUGCCGCCUCUCGGUUACAAUGCCCGGGGAGACCCUGUUGUGCCUAGAGGGUAUGAGGAUCCUUUCCCGGGGUGUUUUAAUCAGAGGCCGUUGAGCACUGCUCCAGUCGGUCUGUGCCCAUCACAGAUUGAGGCCGAUCUCAGGGCCAUGAGAGAGGGGGUGGCUGGGAUGUUUGUGCGGUAAUUGUGAGAUCCGGGCUUUUGGGGUCCCGGAGGAGCACUUUGUGAAUGGUAUUGUGCGGUAUUUGCUAGCACUAGGGGGUCAUGGGUGUACGAGUACGGUUGGCAUGAGAAGUUGUAGCUUGAAGAGUUGGUAUUAAUUUUUUCUAAUUUCCAAACAUAGAGUUUAGUGUUUCCUAACAUCUAGUUAUUUGAUUCCCCUAAGGUAUAUUGUUUUCUGCAAAGCUAUUUGUUUUAUGCGAGGGGUGGUCAUAUCAUCUCACUCGGAUUUCUUCCGAAAGCGGUGUAAAUUAAGCGACAGUGGUGCUUUGGGGAAGCGUUGAAGGUAGUCUAUUAGUGCCAUG